AUGGCUCAAAACGUUAUCUUGAAAUCAUCUGAUGGCAAGCUCUUCACACUCACUGAAGAAGCCGCAAAACAAUCAAAACAAGUUGAGAAUAUGAUGAAAGAGAGAGCGAAUGCCGAGGAAGCAAUUCCAUUGUUGAAAGUCGAAGGCACUGUAUUGGAAAAGGUAGUUGAGUGGUUGAACUUCCACAACGAGCACCCAUUGAUGUACCCGGAUUUUGUGAUUGGCGAUAGAGACAAAAACGCGGAUCUCCACCCAUGGGAUGUCAAAUUCUGUGAGUCACUCGAGAAGGAUAUGCUCUUCGAGAUGUUGAAGGCUGCGACUUUCAUGAACAUUGAUAUGCUCGUUGAAGCGACUGCGAAAACUAUUGCAAAGAAUUUGGUUGGGAAAACCGUCGAACAGAUGAGAGCUUAUCUUAACGAGGAAAACGAUUACACCCCUGAAGAAAUCGAAGAGCUCAAAAAGAAGUACGCCGAUUAA